AUGGCCAUUUCCAAGGGAAAGGUUUGCCCGAAUUACAAUAACUACCGCUCAGAAGAUGCCGACAAACUCACACGAGGCUUUUUCAAUUUCUACGGUCUCGGAGAGUUCCUAUACCUGACGCCAGUUGACAUCACCAGAGGAGCGAUAUCCCCACAACCGACUCCUGAACAGCGUCGUGAAAUACGCGAGGCGUUGAGGACCAAUCGCUUCAAGCCGAAGCUCGUCAUCAGAGACCCCUUCCUCCGUAACAAAAACUUGGCAUCGAACUGCUCACACUGGGUAGGCUGA